AUGAAACGGUCUGCCCGAGGUCGUUCACAGGAGGAAAAUCCUGAAAAUGACCUGCACAAACUGAAGCAACAAUAUGGCCAAGCAGUAAAAGAUAAACAAGCAUACGAUAGGAAAAUUCAAAGCCUCCUCGAGAAAGACAGCAGGGAGAUUCAGAGGCUCCAGACUGAACAUGACGAACUAUUACACAUCCUCACCAUCGCGCAAAGCAAUUCCAACCAAAAGAAAGAAGUGAAUGCUGCUCAAGAUCUUGAUAACCUUUUGACCAGUGAGGAAACCAUAGAGGAAGAGCUACUCACAAACAAAGCCAAAUUGGCAUCUUAUAAAAAGGAGAUUUUAGAAUGGGAGAGGAAGCUGGUAGCUCAGAGGGGAGGGAGUGCACCUCAUAAUACAAAAUGUGAAGACAACUCAAUAAAGGAUAUCUUGUCAAAAGAGGACAAACUGUACAAGGGUCACAUAUGCUUCAAUGAGCUGAUGAUAAGAAAUGGGCAAUUGAAAAAGGAACUUGAUAUUCUGGAAAUGGAGAAGAAUGAGUUCCUGCAAAUUCAAACUCAGCUGAAAAAGGACCUGCAUAACAUUCGUAAGGAAAUUUCUGAUUUGAGCGCUAUGUGUACAAAAGCCAACAAUGCCAGCGUUGCAAUCCAGAUAAAGCAGAAGAAGUUGAAGGAACAAAAAGCUCAGUUUGAUGCACAGUACACUCAAACAACAAUCAAUUUAGAGCAUGAAAUUGCCACGCACUGCAACCUUGAGGCUAUGGUAAACAUCAAGAACGCCGGCGACGAGGGUUCCGACCGCGAAAAAGAGGAUCUGCUGGAGCAGCUACAGAAAUUGGCAAAUUUGGAAGAUGCCAUCCGGAAUAUUUUGAUAGAGACCGGGGAGAAUGACCUUGACACACUGGUGGAAAACUUCAUAGCAAUGGAGGAGGAGAACUAUUCUUUACUGAGCUUUGUCAACUAUCAGCACUGGGACAUUGAGGCCCUUAAACAGGAGAACGCCGAGCUUCAAAAGGAGUGCGAGGUCUUUAUUGCUAACCGAAAGCAGCAGGCAGAGGACCGCAAAACACUUCAGACGGCCAUUACCACCAAGCAAGAGAAGAUCGAGGAGCAGCUGUCCGGCUACGAAAAGCGAAUUGACGUCCUGGAAAAUAUCUUAGAUCGUCUUAAAAAAGGCAUCCAAACAAUACUUGACAUCACCUAUGACACUAAAGACAUGGCUAGCACGUUGAGUUCUUCUGACAGAGCCCUGGAUGAGCACAUGGCAGCUUGUUUAAAGCUAGUGGAGGAAAAAGUCAAUGGUUACCUCAAUCUGCAGUCCGUUAUUGCCUUCCAGGAGAGCUUAACGCAGUGUGAGCUCUCUAACGAUGGAUUUGGUUCUAUAGCGGAUCAACUGCGAGGGAAGGGGAACACCCCAGCACCUUCCACCCCACAGACUGAUGAGGACAAAAACCGUCCGAAAGGCAGUCGUUCAGGAAGCAAGGGAGCAAAUGAAAAGAUGGCUUCCUACAGCAGCUCAUAA